UUAAUUUAUGCAUUGCUAAUGAGGAACAGUUUUGAUUGCUCACGUUCUUUCUAUUGUAGAAUUUGCAUUUUUUAGAAACUGCUCAAAAAUGAAAACAAUUGGAUUACUUUUGCUAUAUUUCGCUGUAUAUGCAACAGCUGUCAAGGUGGUGCCGAAAUACAUACGAGUUGCUUGGUACCGAUCGGCGCUACCCUUCGCCGAUGAGUGCAUAUGUCGAACGGGGGUCCUGGCGAGAUACGCCACGAACGUGUUUUUGAACGCCGACUAUCCGAGCGAUUCAUGUCUGAAGUGCUACGUAAGAUGUAUUUACAUCCGUUUGCAUUACAUGAAUUCUUCUAAUGGCACUUGGAACGCUGACGAAAUUUCACGAACGAUGAAGGGAAUGACGCCCAAAAUUACGGAAAACUGUAUAAAACGAACACGCAAUAUAGUCGACGACUGCGAGAAAGCGUUCCAGUUGUUCCUAUGUGCUGUGUACGCCUUGCAGAAGGUAGUGAAGGGUUAGUGGUCCGUUUAUUGCAGUAGGGUGGUUUCAUAUAGCAAUGUCGCACCAAAACUAUUAAGCAACCAAUAAAAACUAAACAAA